AUGGAUGAGGGAUCUUCUGCGUCGACGUCAUCGUCGGCGACUGCUCGAGCUCUCGACAUGUUCAAUCGGAGAGGUUCAGUGCUUGCUGUCGUCAUUGCAGGAAACACAGCAGCCGAUGUUCUUCCACCGGGUGCGGGGGUACCGAGCACGUCGGCAGUAUCCUCUACGAGUGGAGUCAUCAGUGCCGACCAACCUUCUUCGACCAAUUCAGAUAAUGAUAUGGAACUAUUUAACGAAUGGAAACCUCCGUAUCCAAGGCUCACCGCCUAUCAAGACUGUCUUUCGGUUGCCGCCGGCUGGGGACUUGGCGCGCAUCCGAACGGUCUGGACGACAAACCGACGGGUGCUAGUCAAGCACAAUCACCAAGUGAAGACGAUUCAGGAGACGGAAAAUGUAACGAACUUCUCGCGAGUUGUCCGGCAUUUAGGAAUGAAUUGGGCUGGGAACCAACGAGGCGGCUUGCAUUAUCCCGUCAUACAUUCGACAUGGCCCACACGGAUGCUCAUGAAUGUGAAACAUGGAUGCGUGAACAUUCGGCCUCGGAAGCUGGAAUACUGGAAGAUGUUUCAAACGUUUACCUUGGAGGGCGGUUAUGUGCUGCAAGACAACCAAAGACUGUUAUUGAACCACAAGAUAUUGGAUCCUAUUAUUAUCGCCACUGCUUUAUUUCAAAAAAUCACAUCGAAUACCUCGGAAUGGACGACAUCCUCGGUCCCAUCAGCGUCUCAAUGGUCCGAGAAAUUGUCGACAGAAAAGAAUCCUACUCAAUUUACAGAAUGAUUAUUCGGAUAUCAGAUCAAAAAACUAUACGAGUUGCAAUCCCUGAGGAAGCUCUCUCCACUCCUGAAGGAACUGAUCGAGCCACUAGACCGCUGAUGCGGGAACUUUUAGAAAUCGUGUGCCCAAAAAUUAGUUUUGGAACGCUUCGUCCAUCGAUACAGUCUCCAAGAGUAGAAGAACUGAUAAUGAAAAUUGAUGAGCAACCGAUAUAUACCCGCUACAAGGUUGGAAUCAUGUUGUGUAAAAAUGGACAAAGUACUGAGGAACAAAUGUAUAAUAACGAAGAAUCGACACCUUCGUUCGAUGAGUUCCUAGACUUCCUUGGACAAAAAGUGACUCUCAAAGGGUUCGAACAAUACAAAGGUGGUCUUGACACCCGAGGAGAUACCACUGGAACUCAUUCCAUUUACUCGGAAUAUCAAGCUCAUGAGAUAAUGUUCCACGUGUCCACACUUCUUCCGUUCACUCCAAGUAACCGACAACAACUCUCCAGAAAGCGACACAUUGGAAAUGAUAUGGUCACAAUUGUGUUCCAGGAGCCAGGAGCACUUCCGUUCUCUCCAAUAACCGUUAGAAGUCAUUUCCAACACGUAUUCAUCAUUGUUCGUGUACAUAAUGAGUGCUCUGAGAAUGUGACAUACAGUGUAGCUGUGAGUAGAUCAAAGGAUGUUCCUCCGUUUGGACCACCAGUUCCAAAAGGUGCUUGCUUCAGUAAAUGUGCAGAGUUCCACGAUUGGCUGUUGACCAAAAUAAUCAAUGCUGAGAAUGCAGUGCAUCGUUCAAAGAAGUUUGCCACAAUGGCAGCGAGGACUCGACGAGAAGCCCUUCGUGAUCUGGUUGAGAAUUAUGUUGGACCUCAUCAAAACGAGGGAGCUAGCAAAAUAGCAAGUCGAUUCCUUGGCGGAAGUGUGAAGCGAAAAGAGAGACACAAUCCGAAACCAACAAAUCAUGUGUUGCGUGGAGCUCUCACCUGGCUCGUUGAUGUCCAUGAUUACUCAACAAAUCAACGAGUUAGCUGCGUGUUAGGUGUUGCUCAGGAUUGGAUUGUUCUUUUGGAGAGACCAUCAGGAACGGUUCUGUUCAGCACUCCAACCCAUUCAAUCAUUGGAUGGGCCAAUAGUGACACUGGAUUGAAACUCUAUUACGAUCAUGGAGAUCAACUACUUUUACGCUGCUAUUCAGAAACAUGCACUGAUUCUGAACUCAACGAAUUGAUUCGCCGACUGGAAAACGUUACAAAAGGAGAUGAAGCAAAGGAAGUUGUUCUUCGAAGACUGAAAACAACUGAUAACUGGGGAUUCCAUGUUCAAGAUGAAGGUGUUGUGACUGAUGUGGAUAUGUAUCAGUUGGCAUGGAAAGCUGGAAUCAGACAAGGAAGUAGAAUAGUAGAAAUGGAUUCAAUGCCAAUUAGUACCUUGUCUUUUGAUAAGAUCUGUGAUCAGUUGGCUGUUUCUGAGUGUGUUCGUCUUCUGAUGAUCUCCCCGUCUUCCGAUGGAAGUCCUCGUCGUGGAUGUGAAGAUCCAAACUGUCCAGCAGUGAAGGGAAUCGAGCAAAUGCUGACGCCGGAUGCAUUUGCAAAACAACCUAUCACCAGCAGGUACCACGAGAUGUUCCGUCAGAAGAAGCUCGAGUACCCGACGAAUAGCGCUAGCAGCAGUCCGGCAUCUUCUUUCGACGAACGCACUUUCAGUUUCAAUGCCAACAAAAAGAGUACUGAACAGCGUGCCAACAACAUAUCCAACAAUCGUCCAAAUGUGUUAUCUAGCGCCAGUGUCCACGACAACAUGUGCACGUUACUCAAUCCUCCAAAAUGUCUUAAUCGGGCUCAAUCCGAUGAGCAAUUAAGGUCACCACUGAUGGAUGAGCUCAAUCGAAAAGCUCCACUGUCUGCUCGGGAGUCAACAAAUGAGCGAGAAUCCAGUGAACUCGUCAGGAUACAGACCCAUCUAGAGCGUACCGUUCAGGAAAAACGCGCUCUAGAAAUGCUUGCACAGCAGCUCAGGAAGCAACUUAUUCAGGAACGCCAAGCUCACGAUAACACCAAACGAGAAAUGGAGCGUCUGAAGAAGUUACACGAGAAGAAAUAA